UCCAAGUUUUAUAUAACUUGCUGAUGUGCUUCUUGGGACAAUUAAAUGGUGUACUUCUUGGACUCAAGAAUUACACUGCUCAUCAGAGAUAAAUUGCAAUGUUGAAGAAUCAAAAUUGAUUGUAGAAAGUUUAUGUUACCUGAGGGAAUGAUUCUUAAAUGUUAAUAUACCUGAUAAUCCCUUAAGGAGAAAGACUGAAAUGCAGAUUCCUGUUAGCAUUGCUAGACAAUUUGUUUCAAGAUCUGGGGAAGAUCCCAGGAAUCGGGUUUAAAAAAAAAAAAAAGACUCCCAAAUGAUUGUUUAUGCAUGGGGUUCACACAUUACUGUAUGAGAAAUAUUGACUUGACAUAGAAGUCUUUAUAAUGCACAGAUUUCUGAAAUGGUAUUAACUCGAAAGCACUUCAUGAAGUUGUUAAUUCGAACGCGUGGUGGCGGUACAGGCUAAGAGAAUGAACAAAAGCUGGCAGAUUCGAUAGACUCCAUUUCACCUAGAAGCCGUGGGGGAGGAGGGCGUGGACAGAACACAUUUACAGCUAGAACUAAGAUACGAGUGCUCAGGAAGGCAGUUAUCACCAUACAAGAUCUAAGAGCGAAUUCGAAAUUCUGUAGCAGAGACAUUUCGGUUCCAGGAGGGUCAACGGUGGACGUGUUAAUUGGGAGCUGAAAAGGUUUUUUCCUCUGGAAUCAGACACACCAAUAGGGAUGGCUCAAACAAAAAUACAGCACGAGAAAAGGCAAGUGACCAGCUUUAUUAUACUGAUGCUUUUGUGGGAGGCGGGUUCAGAAUCGAUUCAGUAUUCUGUGCUGGAGGAGACAGACAGCGGCACGUUUGUGGCCAAUUUGACAAAGGACCUGGGACUCAGUGUGAGAGAGCUGGCGGCGCGCGGCGCCCGGGUUGUUUUCAAGGGGAACAGACAGCAUUUGCAGCUGGACCCACGGACCCAUGAUUUGCUGUUAAAUGAGAAAUUGGACCGGGAAGAGCUGUGUGGCUCCACUGAGCCAUGUGUGCUCCCUUUCCAAGUGUUGCUAGAAAACCCUGUGCAGUUUUUUCAAGGUGAACUACAGCUGCAAGAUGUAAAUGACCAUGCCCCAGAAUUCUUGGAAAAUGAAAUCCUCCUGAAAAUCUCAGAAAGCAGCCAUCCAGGGACUGCAUUUCCUUUGAAAAUAGCUCAAGAUUUGGACGUAGGCAGCAACACAGUUCAGAACUACACAAUUAGCACCAACUUCCAUUUCCACCUUUUCACUCGCAAUCACAGCGACGGUAGGAAAUACCCGGAGCUGGUGCUGGACAAAGCGCUGGACCGUGAGCAGCAGCCUGAGCUCAGAUUAACCCUCACAGCGCUGGAUGGUGGGGCGCCGCCCAGGUCUGGGACUUCCCAGGUUCUCAUCAUAGUCCUGGACAUCAAUGACAACACCCCUGAAUUUGCUCAGGAGAUCUACGAGGUGCAGAUACCAGAGAACAGCCCUAUAGGCUCCCUUGUCAUCACCGUCUCCGCUAGAGAUUUAGAUACUGGAACCCACGGGGAGCUAUCCUACUCAUUUUUCCAAUCUUCAAAUCAAGUUAUUCAGGCUUUUGAAAUAAACGCAGUGACAGGAGAAAUUCGAUUAAAAAAAAUGUUAGAUUUUGAAGAAAUUCAGUCUUACCGAAUGGAAAUUGAAGCCUUAGACGGUGGGGGUCUUUCAGGAAAAUGCACCAUAGCCGUAGAACUGGUGGAUGUAAACGACAACACCCCUGAACUGGCCAUGUCAUUACUCACCAGUGAUAUCCCAGAAAACUCCCCUGAGACUGUGGUCGCUAUUUUCGGAAUUUCAGAUCCAGACUCCGGGGACAAUGGAAAAAUGAUGUGUUCCAUUCAAGACCAUCUCCCCUUCCUUUUGAAACCUACUGUAGAUAAUUUCUACACCCUGGUAACAGACGAGGCAUUGGACAGAGAGAACCGAGUCGAAUACAAUGUCACCAUCACCGUCACUGAUUUGGGUACCCCUAAGCUGAAAACUGAGCACAGCAUAACCGUGCGGGUCUCCGACGUCAAUGACAACGCGCCAAACUUCACCCAAACCUCCUACACCCUGUUCGUCCGAGAAAACAACAGCCCCGCCCUGCACAUCGGCAGCGUCAGCGCCACUGACAGAGACUCGGGCACCAACGCCCAAGUCACCUACUCGCUGCUGCCUCCCCAGGGCACGCACCUCCCCCUCGCCUCCUUGGUCUCCAUCAACGCCGACAACGGGCACCUGUUCGCGCUCAGGGCCCUGGAUUACGAGGCCCUGCAAGCGUUCGAGUUCCGCGUGGGCGCGGCCGACGCGGGCUCCCCGGCGCUGAGCAGCGAGGCGCUGGUGCGCGUGGUGGUCGUGGACGACAACGACAACUCGCCCUUCGUGCUGUACCCGCUGCAGAACGGCUCUGCGCCCUGCACAGAGCUGGUGCCCAGGGCGGCCGAGGCGGGCUACCUGGUGACCAAGGUGGUGGCGGUGGACGGCGACUCGGGCCAGAACGCCUGGCUGUCCUACCAGCUGCUCAAGGCCACGGAGCCCGGGCUGUUCGGCGUGUGGGCGCACAACGGCGAGGUGCGCACCGCCAGGCUGCUGAGCGACCGCGACGCGCCCAAGCACAGGCUCGUCGUGCUGGUCAAGGACAACGGCGAGCCGCCGCUCUCGGCCAGCGUCACGCUGCACGUGCUGCUGGUGGACGGCUUCUCCCAGCCCUACCUGCCGCUCCCGGAGGCGGCCCCGGACGAGGCCCAGGCCGACUCGCUCACCGUCUACUUGGUCAUUGCCUUGGCCUCGGUCUCGUCGCUCUUCCUGUUCUCGGUGCUGCUGUUCAUCGCGGUGCGGCUGUGCGGGAGGCGCAGGGCGGCCUCGGUGCCUGAGGGCCACUUUCUGGGCCACUUGGUGGACGUGAGCGGCACCGGGACCCUGUCCCAGAGCUACCAGUACGAGGUGUGUCUCAUGGGAGAUUCUGGGACCAGCGAGUUCAAGUUCCCGAAGCCGAUUAUCUCCAAUUUCCCACCCCAGAGCAUUCGUAGGGAAGGCGAAGAGACUAUCUCAUUUCGGAAUAAUUUGGAUUUCUGAUAUGGAAUGAAAAUUAAAAGUGUCUGUGAAUAUAAUCCUACUAAGGAAUUCUUCCUGAUCUUCCUGUAGAGAGCUUUCACAUUAUUUCAUGUACUCUGAGUGUAAAAGAAGGACUUCUGCCCCAAUAAGCCCUCCACAAAGCUUGGAAUUUAUUGUCAUAUUUUAUCUUAAACAAUUUUGCCUCAUGUGUAGCCUAUUACAUAAUAAAAUCUUAGUUUGAGACGUU